AGUAUCAACGUAGAUGCUUUACUAUUUUGUUUAAAUAAGAUAUGACUUUCGAGCAAGUAUUUAAAGUAAUUUAAACGGAUCAUAGUAAACAAAUUAUUUAAAAAACUCACAUGGUGGCAUUUAUUGUGAAAUAAACAUAUAUUCAAUAAUGUUUUCUAGUGGAAAUUUUGGCUUUGUAAACCUACCGCUGUGUUAUAUUGUUGUUUCUGUCGAAGUUGGAUGUUUGCUGUCGCAACCGCCAUUGUUGAGGUUGAAAACGAACAUAACUCAUUUUAGCCCGGAGAUUGAGUGUGACAUUACCGGGUUUACAGCGACAAAAAUUCGAUUUUAUGAAAAUCUGAAUGAGGUAGUAAAUGUUAGUCUAAGUGGACGGUCUUGUGCAAAAUGGUUUAUGGUACCGUCCAACUUUUUCGAUUGUACGUGCAUAGUAAAUAUGACCGCAGGUUGUACAAUUGACGUUGAUUGGGACGGAACGGUUUGUCCAAAAUGGCAAUGCGCAGUACUAGACGAAGAAGGUGUUCUCCAUUUCAGCAACUAUAUUAACGUUUGUAACUCAAACAAAGACCACUUAACAACAAAGAUAAUUGGCAAUGCCAAUUGUUCUGGUCGUAUACCAUUUAGGGUGAAAUGGACCAUAUUUGGAUUAAACAUUAAGUAUAAUAUGAUUAUACCUAUAUUGAAGACAUUUACAGCAGCCAAUAUAAGUUUCUUUGUGGACAAAUAUACGUCAUACCAACAUACGUCCAUAUCAACGUGUACUUUCCAGAAACGUGUGUCUGAAGACUGGAAUUUGAGAAUAUUGGAUUCAUCGCUAUUGUGCUCAAGCAACAGUGAUAUGCCCAAUAAUAAAACAUGUAAAGCCACCGAUGGAAACCCGAUGGUCACUGUGAUCAGAGAGCCGUAUAUCCGGUCACAAUGUCAGUCAAUUCGGACGACACCAGCAUCGGACAUGCUGACUCUGUGUGAGGCUGUAAACAGGAAAGACCUAGGAGCAGAACGUUUUGUCGGAAAUAUGACUGGUCUGUUCAAAUUGGAGAUUCUUGUCACAGCAUCGGUGAUGGAAUUCUUUGUGGAAGGUUUCAACUAUCAGACACACAUAACGUUCAACGAAACUACCCAAAUAACGUUACGUUGCCAAGGUGAUGGAUUCCCACCCCCGACCAUGCAAUUAUUAAAAAACGGCAUUGAAUACAGUGUUGGAAAUUCACCGUUUCGACCAACCAUGAAACUGAAUGGAUCCCAGGAUACCGGAAAUUAUACCUGCAUUGCUGCAAAUGCACUCGGCAAAGACGGCAAGACCGUUUACAUCAGCUGUCAUAUUAACAUGGAUAAUCAUCAAGAUCAGCCACUAGCUGCUGCUAUAUUAAACAUGAAGUUAAUUGGCACCAUACUAGCUGGAGCAGGAGCGCUGUUACUGCUUGUGAUAAUAGUUUCUGCUGCCUGUGGGUACCGACUUUACAAACGAAUGAAAACAACAGAAAACGUCGUUUGGCCAAUGACUCACCUAACGACCACAACACCAACUGGGUCGUCUAUACCAUUGAGUGACCCGACCUUGAUUUAUAAUGAAAUUGACCCACAUAUUAUAGAUCCCGAUAGGCAAGUUGAAGACGACGAUGCCACUAAUGUUUCACAGUACUCCUUUAAUGCAGCAGCAGUAGGUAAUGAGGGUAUAAAUCAUUCACCAUAUCUGGAUGAGUCGCCGAUGUACCUCAUUGUGACCGCUGAUUAGUAUGACAUGUUAUAGUUAUGAAUAGAUGUUAUGUCAAUAAGUGAUAUUUGAACGUCUCCGAAACACGCGCAAGAACAUUUAAUCAGGCCGAGGGGGAUGUAAUUAUUUCUUAGAUUAUCACAUACGUAUACGAAAAUACAGACAGACACGUAAUAGGUUCAGUUUGAUAUUUUCUUAUAUAAACAUUUGUAUGCGAACGAUUACUAAUUAAAUAUAAUAUUUUGAACUCGUUUAAACAAUUUACUAUAUGUUUUAAAUUGAAAAUCCAGAUGAACUUAUUUUGCGUAUAUUUAGUUUAAUAUUACUAUAUUUUAUUCACAUGACUUGCGAUUGUCAACCGUCAUAAAAAGAAGAAGGGCUGUAAAAUCAUUAAAGAUAUUGCAACAUUUUAGAGACGCUAUAUAGAUGACCCACCAUACACAUCUGCUAGGAAGUUUAAAAUACAAUUAAACAAUAAACAGUGUCGUAUUGUGCGGUUGUGGCUUCUCCAGCAGCUGGAGUUUCACUUCUUUAUAUUGUAUUCCGAUCCAAGAUUGUUUUUCCCUAUAGAAAAGUAACUUUACAUUGCUCUCGACCAAUCAUAAUCGGUUAUGAUAAUGAUGCUAACGAUGAUGUCGAUGCUGGUGAUGAUCUCAAUAAUGAUUACAUUUGAUAUUGAUAGAGAUUUCAAUAUCACGCACAUGGAUCACGCGAAGAUUUACUUUUGACAACUGGGUAACCACAAGGUACGAGGUCGUUUUAAAUAUACAAUCAGCAAUGGUCAUUGUAAGUGGUUAGCCCUAUGCCAGUUAUGGUUAAUAUAUGUCAUUGUUUAACAUGAAUCAUAAUGGUAAUAAUUAAAACAAGUCAAAAUAUAAACAAACGCUACCAAGUUUCGCAUAUUUAGUUGUAAAGCAAUUAUUACAAAAGAAAACAUAAUUGGUUCUAAUAUAUGGAAAAUAAUCCAUAAUAGUAUUGACUGUCGUGUAUUAGAACCAGUGCUUAUCACAAGCUACAACAAAAGCUGCGGUCUUUCAAUAUCCACAAAUAGAAUCACAAAUAGAAUAUAUACACAACAAGAGACACACGCUGUUGUAUGCUUAAACGCGGUCUUAAAAUUUUAACAAUCAGUGUCACAUGUUCGCAAGUUCUUUCAAUAAGCAUUUUACAGAAAAUUGAUUAAAAUAGGUUGUCAGUUUAUUUUAGCAAAUGCCUUAGAUGUUUAGAUUUUGUUGAAUUAUUAUACUCGCAUAGACUUUUUGUUGAUUGAUUAUACUCACACUUAGAGUAUUUGUUGAUUUAUUACACUCUUAAAGGCAGCUUUACAAUAUACGAGGGCAAAACGUCUGUGAUUAUUAUCAGCUGCACUAUACAUCAUUACACGUUAGUAAUUGCAUCUAAUAAAAGUAUGCAUUUUAUAUUUUAAUGUGCAAUUUAGUGUUGAAACGCGAUUCUCAUACAAUGCAGUAUACUUGUGAUAAAGACGUUCACAAUAGUACAUUGUGAAAAGGCAUUCAGUAGCUGAACCACUUGUAAGAUAAUGAAAUACUACAUUGGAUUGAAUGGCAAAGUACACACAAGAUAAUGAAAUACUACAUUGGAUUGAAUGGCAAAGUACACACAAGAUAAUGAAAUACUACAUUGGAUUGAAUGGCAAAGUACACACAAGAUAAUGAAAUACUACAUUGGAUUGAAUGGCAAAGUACACACAAUAUUUAUUAUUUCAGAUUUAAUGGCUCAUACAACAUAUAUACUUUCAUAUUCUGUUAUAUAAAUUAAUUGUUUAAAUAUAGAGAAUAACCUGCUAUUGCCGGAUAGUUUUGUAAUACAUCAGGCGAGGCUUAGAAUAAACAUAAUGGCGAGGUUUUCCCUCUAUUUCGCCCAUUUUAAAAGAAAUAAAGAAAAAUAAUCGCUACGACGCUGCAUCUGUUUGUGGGAAUGAAUAUGAGAAUAUGAUUUUUGACGUUUGAUGUGUUAAUAUUGAUGGCAUGAGUACUUUCGCUUAAUUUUUGUAAAAUAUGUAUUGUGCUGUUUA